GCAGCUCGUGUUAUUCAACGUUCAAAAAAACAUCUGUUUAUUUCAAUUAAAACUAGAAAAAUACACCAUGCUAAGUUUACGAGCGGCGCUGCCAAGAGGGAGGCAAUUUGCCUUGGCCCUGGGAAAUGCCACCCGUCAGAUUUCCCUCCCACAGAACAGCAGAUGCAUUGCCGGCUUCAGUUUCGCAAAACCCCUGCAAUUGCAACCACAAAAACUCGAGCAAUACAGGUGCCUUUCGGUGAAGUCCACGAAAACCGAUUCCGAGGAGGCACUGCAGCGGAUUUACUAUGGAACCCUGGCUCCCCGAAUGAAGGUGGUUAAGUUCUUUUCGCUCAGCACCAGCCUAGCCGGCUUGGCCGCCCAGCCCAUUCUCCUCGAACAGGGAAUGAAAAUCGGAGGAACUGGAAUGGCCGUAUUCCUGUGCACCAUCGGUGGGUUCUUCACCUUUGUCACCCCACUGCUGCUGCACUUCAUCACCAAGAAAUACGUGACGGAACUGCACUAUAAUCCCCAAACGGAGGAGUACACAGCCACCACAAUAUCCCUACUUCUGCAAAAGAUCAAGACGAAAUUCCGACCCAACGAUGUGGUUGUUCCAGAGGUUCCGGGCAUGUUCACCUCUUUUCUGGUCAACAAACGACCGCUCUUUGUGGAUCCCGCCCUUUUCGACGAUCCUGAGCACUAUGUUAAAAUCAUGGGAUACGACAAACCCAUUGAUUUCAAACUGGAUCUGAGCUCACUCCCUGAAAAGCAGUCAAAAGCAAAGGAACAGCAAUAAAGAAGAUUUACUGACACUUAAA